GUCCACGACGAACUGGGUGCCGAUCUUCGUCAAAUCAAGUGUGAGUCUAGGCGCGCUUCCGGAAGCCCAAGGAGUAAGUCCAUCACUAUCGAGGGUAUCUAUCUAUGACAUGCGCGUUUCAGUUUUUGUCUUGGAUCCCUCCCCACGCGAUAUCAAAUGCUAUUCUUGAUGUAGCUUUUGCGGCAGAAGAACCUCCCAUCGUGGUGAAUCUGGUGCAUCCGAGACCGACCGCAUGGAAGACUUUGAUACAGCCCAUUGCGGAAGCCAUGGUCGAGCAUAAAAUCACAAGUUCCCCGCUACCUUUUGUGCCAUUCUCGGAGUGGCUCGAGAGGCUCGAGUCGAGUGCCAAGGACGUGAGCGAAGAGACCAUGAAGCGCAUCCCUGCUAUCAAGCUUCUUGACUUCAUGCGUUCCAUGGCUCAUUCAGACGUAGCGAUCAGGGCGUCUGGAGUGAUGGACACUGAAGCGGGUUGCAUGACUUUAUUUGCCACUGCUGUAGCCGAGCGUGUCAGUCCGACGAUGAAGGAGCUGAAGGAGCUGUCUUCGGGGACGCGGCACAGUGGGUAGAUUAUUGGGUGGAAAUGGGAAUGUUUCAAUGAAUAUAUGAAACUUGGGAGAUUGUACUUGUAGUUGGAGCUUUUAGAUUGUUUUUCAGGCAAUGCCAGAUGCAUUUGGGAUGCAACUUCGGAACUUUCCAGGUUUUGUCUGUUUGCUCGGCUAGCUGUUU